UGUCGCAGAAAGGAAAUGCACCCGGAACGUAAACAUGAACCCGCUGGCUGUGUCAUUUCCGCUCUGGCUAUUUUCCCAUUCAAUAAAAUGACAAUGCCGAGUAGUGGCUCCUCUCGGCGUUUAGUCCAGUAUGUCAUCGUGCGAUCAGACCUGAUACACACUUUGUCGUGGCCUUUAGGGGCGGUUAUAACUCAAGCCUGUCACGCGGCCACUGCUGCCAUUCAUUUACACUACAGUGACCCUGAUACUCAGGAAUAUCUGGCAGAACUGGACAGCAUGCACAAAGUAGUGCUGCAGGCACCAGAUGAGGCAUCUCUCUCUGCUCUUUCCAGUACUCUCCUAGAAAAAGACAUUGCACAUAAACUAUGGAUGGAGCAGCCAGAGAAUAUCCCCACAUGUCUGGCAUUGAAGCCCUACCCUAAAGAGACUGUGCAGCCAUUUCUAAAAAAGCUCAAGCUUUUCAAAUGAAUUCUGUAUGAACUGUACAAUAUAAACACAAAGAUGGUUCAGAAUGGAAUGUGGCUAAAUGAACCUGCUGGAACAGCCUUACCAUCACAUCUUUGGUUUUCAUCCACAUUUUGUCUUGUAUCUUUGUGGCGAAAUGUUACUCACUGAAGUGGUGUUAGUAAUGUAAAUUCUUUAAUAUCUGAAAUAAAAACUAAAUGUCUUUA